AGUUGUACCUUAUGAGUCUUGUUUAAACAGAGGGAUUUUAGCUUGGUUAGUGACCUGGAAACAAAGCAGUUGAGCAAAAUGGAUUUUUAGUUCCCCUUACGUAGCAUGCAAUGGAAACUACACUUUCCAAGGAGCUCUAAGAGGGCAAACAAAUAAAAUGCCAAUUUCAUGUGCUUUUAAUAGGUGACUGUUUACUAGCUCAGAAAUUCUAUGAUAAGGGCCUAAUGCCAGUCUUUCGCUGUUUCAGGAAUGGGAGGGAAGCAACAGCCCAUCUUUGUUACAGUAGGUUCCUGCCACAAGAGGCAGUGCUGCAGAAAUAGCAUCACACCCGGGGCUGAGAGUUGCCUGCUGGAAAAGUGGAAAAGCAUGUAAAAUGAAAACCGGCUUGGAGGGCUAUCGGACUUCUCUUCCAUAAGGUUCCCCUGCCCAUCCCAACCUCUCCCAGACUGGGAAGGGUGCUGUAGGCAAGAAGCCGCUGCCUCCUUCUGGGCUUUCAGUGUCUACUGGACUGUUUUGGUUUGAAAUCUCUCCUCUUUUUUUGUUAAUGCUUUGCAAGUUUGUUUCCACUUCAUGGAUGAGAAAGUGAAUGAGAAAGUGGCCAACAGCAGAACUGCAGUAAAAGAGUUUAGUUGCAGGCUUUUCUUGUUAUUGAGUCUUUAAUUAGUUGCCUUUCCUAAGGGAAGGCAGUCUUCUGCCAGUGCUUUUUCUUAAACUCAGUACUGUGUUAACAAGUAUACAUUGCCUUGAGGGCUUUGUUCUGUAGGACCUGCUUUUGCUGGGGCUGCUCUUAAACGGUUGAUUAUAGAUAAACAUGGAAGUGUUUACAUCUCAGUCUACCUGUAAAAUGAAGCAGUUUGCUAUUGUUACUUAUUCCAGUUAAUAAAUAUGGGAUGCACAAGACGCUAACAAUCUCAGCCGGGUUUCAGUGUUGGGCAGUUGUAUAAUAUAUGUAUACAAAUGUGGGCUGGCUGUAGAAAUGUCUUCACUAAAUGAACAGGAGAUUUGGUGCUAAGUGUUAUUUUAAUACUGGUCAGGACAUAUCUGUAUCUAUCUAUCUGCCUAUCUACAUAUAUAAUUUCUGAUUGCUGUCUUCACAAGAAUGUUUCUAACUACAAGCACCCGUAUUUUAAGAUUUUGGCUGAUCUGGGAAGUUUAUACACAGAGUUAGUCAAAAGGUGAUAGUAAAAAUUGGGAGUUUCCUAUUCCAGCUCUCAUGAUUAGAUUGCUACAUGCUAUGCUUAUUUUCUAAAGAAAAUAAGAAAAAUGUGAAUGUUUUAUCAGGCAGUUCUGUAAGUCUGAAAACUGUGACAUUUUGCUUUGUAGGCAGGAUUUGGUAGAGCACCUGUAUCUGGAGUGCAAAGAAUCUGUACUUAGAGCUGAUCAUGCAUAAAUCAAAAAACAACUGGCCUUGAAAAUACCAUGGUGUUAUCCCAGUCUUCUUGGUAUAACAUCUUAUUAGGAAACAUGUGGUUGUUGAGCAUGAAUACUCAUGGGAGGGUAAUAAAUGACUUAUAAACGUGGUUUUAAAUUCAUGUGACCCACUUGAUGGGAGGCAGUCAUGGAGUGUUGCUUAUAAAGAGAAACGCAGUAAAUCGAACUUGGAGCUGUGCUGGUCUGUUAUCAGGGCAGUCCCAGAUCUUCUCUGCUUUAUCAGUCCUGGCACAGAUCACUCCAGCCAAGCUGAGCCUUGUGAAAAGCCUGCUUUUUUUAUGCUAUUAGGGCCAGCCCCGCUAUCUCACAAAAAAAAGCUUUUCACAAAAAGAAGCACUUUGAUAAAAGCUGCUACGCGUGUGAACAAAGCAGGCCUAGCUGUGGUAGGAAUACUGAAGAGAGCCAAUGUUGGAAAUCAUUAUUCUGAGCCUUCAUUUCUUCGUGUGUUUUCUCAUCUCUGUUGUGAUCUGGUGUGGAUCUAAGGACAUGGAUUUGCACAGCUCAGGCAAAGGAACAGUUGAAACGGAGCCUGAUGCACCUGUAUAUGUUGGUAAAGAAGAUGACAUUAAAAAGUCCCAAAGAAUAACCACUAAGGUCAAUGACAGAGAAGUCGUCGUUUUCUACCACGAAGGGAAAUUUUAUGCUAUGGACGCUCGCUGCUACCAUGCAGGAGGUCCUUUACAUCUUGGAGAAAUAGAGGAUCUCAAUGGUCAACCAUGUAUUAUUUGUCCUUGGCAUAAGUAUAAAAUUACUUUGGAAACAGGAGAAGGAUUAUAUCAAGCCAUAAACCCUAUGGAACCAUCACCAACACCACGGUGGCAAUCAAAAGGAGUGAAACAAAGGAUUCAUAAAGUUACCGUAGACAACGGAAACGUUUAUGUGAGUCCUCCAGACCUGUCUGUAAGCUUUGACUCAGACUAUUAUGCUGACAAGUACAACAAUAACGGUGAUUUCACUAUGGAAAAAUAAAGCAAACUGCAAGUAACAGAACAAGUGACAGCUAUAAAGUAGAAUCCUUGAAGUGAAUGUCCAUUUGAAGAAUCAUUGUCAUCAAAUAAAAAUUUAGCGUGUCUGUAAAGAUUGUUUCCAGAUGAAAUUCUAAUGCUAAUGUUACGUUAAAGCACUGAAUGAUGUAGAAAUGAAAAGAUAAAAAUAGAAGCUCCUAUGUUCUCAGAAUUGACUGACCUUGUGCCAGUGAAAUGUUUUUGCUAUCGCCUUUCAAAAAGUGUUAUGUACAGCAGACUGCUUCAUAAUACUUGACAUUUUAGAAAUCCUAUUUUGCUGGAAUUCUCUUAAUUUUCAGGAGAGAGAGUAGUAGGGAGAGUAGUAUAGUAUAUUACUGCUUAUAAAACACAUUGGAAAGUUUAAGUUAAAUAGUCUGGUAUAAAGGUUAUAUUUAUAUAUUUAACAGUUUAUGCUUAUAAUACCUUCUGUAUAAAUGACAUUGAAAUUUUAAACUUUUUAGAUAUGCAAGUAAUCUCUGGUCUUUAUUAAUCUAAAGAGCCAGAUUUUCACAAAGACAAGUACAUAACGUGAAUAUGUUUUAAUGUGCUUCUCUAUGCCUAUUCGUAUGUCACUACUUUGGUUCCAUGGUACUUAUUUUCUUCUUCCUCCCUGAACUCCUAUUGGUAGUACAUCAUAUAAUGUCACCAAUACUUGUCAUGCAUAAUUCAUUUUUCCUGAUUCUAUUGUUGGAUAAGAAAGAAGCUGUUGGGUUAAAAAAAAAAUUGGUACAUAAUGUAGCGGUUCUUUUUUUGUUUUGCUCGUGUGUGUGUGUGUGUUUUUUAACUUGUUUUAAAUACGUUAUUCAUUUAAAAAAAUAUACUUUCUAUUUAGAUCUAAAGUUUAGUUUCUAUAUGUGAAUUUACUGUAUGAUAUCAGAUCUGCCCUGAUAAGCCUGCUCCCAGGAGAGGGUAAGUUUCCCUCUAUGUUGUCUUGCGUGAAGAGCAGGCCGUGGUCUGAGAUGUGGUGGAAUCUCCUACCCAGCCCGUGCAGUCAAGCAUGCUGCUUCUAAGUUCAUGGGAGACAUUCUGUAAAGCUUAGCAUCAGCCUGGAAUGCUUGACUUGUCUACCUGUUAACGUGGCUGCAUCAUAGCUCCGGUUCUUUAGAAUGCAGUUUUGGUGCUUUGUAGGCUAUUUGCAGAAAUUCUGUCCUAUUCAGGUUCAGUUUCAAGCUAACUGGUCUUCAUCUGUGAGUUUCCCUCAUUCGUGCAUUGGAUUGUCUUAAUGUAUGUGAAUAAUAAGUAGGCCUAUGUUUUCAUUUAAAUAUAUUUAA